AUGGUCGUCCGUCCGCGUCGGCCGCUCGUAUCGCUCGAAGCACAACUUCAGCAGCUCACGCUGUUUACCGACCUCGACGCGGACUCGGAAAACCUCGAACAGCUCGGCCCCAUCAUCAAAUCGCUCGACGAAGCGCGUCAACAAGAUGCAUUCCUUCGGCAUCUCAAAACGUUUGUUCGCUCCAAAGAUCGCGAGAUCGAAGCGGUCUGCGACGACAACCACUCCGAGUUUGUCGCUGCGGUCGACAAGCUGCUCAAGGUUCGCUCUGGUACAGUCACUUUGAAGCAUCGAAUCGGCGAGUUGAACGAAGAUCUGCAGGCAGGCGGAAGCUCGUUGGCCAACAAGAAACGACAGCUGCUCGAAACGCAGAGAACAGCAUCCAACGUCAAUGACGCGAUCUCUGCUGUCGAAGUGUGCUUGAGAGUGCUGGAUAUGGCGAAUCGAGUCGACGCAUUGAUCAGCGAGAAAAAGUACUUUGCUGCAUUGCGAAGCAUGGCCGAGCUCGAAACCAAAUUGCGCGGGCUGCUCGGACACGAGUUUACAAAGCACAUGAUGGAGGGCCUCCCGCAGAUGAAAGAGCAGGUCAAGAGUGCCGUGACGAGAGAGAUGAAGGAAUGGCUGUUCCAGGUGCGCGAAAAGUCACAAACCGUCGGUCAAAUGGCGCUGGAAGCUAUGGAACUAAGACAGAAGCGCUGGAGAGUCAAGUCGCAGCGUGAUCCGCUCUUGCGUCUGGCCAAGGUCAACAGUGCGAUCGAACUGGUGGUCAACGAGAGGACAGAGAGCAACUUUGUCGAUAACGACAAAGUCAGCGUGGAUUUCCGUCCGUUGUAUCAGUGCAUCCAUAUCUACGACGCGUUGGAUGCCAGGGAAGAACUGCAGACCAGCUACCAGGAGGAUCGACGUGCGCAGGCCAACCUGCUGCUCAACCAAGGCUUGACGUUUGAUACUGCCGGAACGGUUCCUGCGCUGUUGGAAGAGAUGGUUGGCUUUUUCCUAGUCGAGCACCACGUGAUCCAAACCACACCAGUGGGGUUCAGAGAAGAGUCUGAGGUGGAUGAUCUUUGGGAUACCAUGUGCAGCCGUGUGGUCGAGAUCGUCUCGCUCGCAUUGCGCGAUUGCAAAGAUACAAAGAUCUAUGUUUCCGCCAAAGCGUCGAUACAGACGUUCAUCCAGACGCUCGAAGGCUAUUCGUUCCCCGUUGCCAAACUCAAUGCUUUGCUUUUGACGCUGUUCGAGCGGUAUGCACAGCUGCUACGCGAUAGGUUCAGCCGGGAUUUCCAACAAGCGAUGCACGACACUCAACACGAACCGAUGGUCGUAUCCAACGCCGAAGAAUUGCAAAAGGUGCUCUCCGUGUGCUGGCUAAAACCUGGCGAUGACGCCAUGCUGCGCUCUUCCGGCUUUCCGCUGUCGUUGCCGUUUUCACAGACCUAUCCGCUGUGCUGUAUGGACAUGCGCAACCUCGUCGAUCAGUACUACAUCUUCAGCGAUGGAUUUCAGAACCACCGCGAGAUCGACGAGAUCCUGAAAAAGUCGUUGGACGAAUUGCUCAUCACGCAGGUCAGUACGGCGAUUCGCAAGAGUCUGGACAACACGAGGGCGAGUAUCAACCUGUCGCAAAUUGCGCAGAUCGUCGUCAAUGCCGAGCACUUUAAUCUGGCGUGUCUGGAGUUGGAGAAGCUGCUGACUGCGUUGCGAGCACCGCAUGGGCGCGGAGGCAAGAUGUCGUUAGAUGCGAGCCACCAUUUUACAGCGACAUUGAGAAUCGCCGAAGAUAAGAUCAACCAGGCGUUCGCUGCCAAGUUGGACCAGUUCCUCGGUUUGGCAGAGUACGAUUUUGCUCCCACUCCCGAAACGGCGCGUGUGCGGAGCAUGGGCAGAGCGACGCAUUCGGCGUGGUUGCAAGAUACGGUUGACUGGUUGAGGACUAUGAUGGAAUCAGUUCUCGUCCUGCUGCCCCCUGGUGUCAAGUCGAUCGUCUACACUGCAGCUUACCGCCACCUGUCCGGUAGCCUGUUGGAUCGACAUCUGUUGUCCGCCGAAACGACGCAAGUUAACGUUCAAGGUUGCGAGCUGCUGCUCGUCGACCUCAAUUUCCUCUCCAGCGCCGCAACGCAGGACGGUGUAGAUGCCAGCAUCUUUGACCCUGUCACACAAACGUUGCAGCUCGUCGUCCUGGACAAAGUGUCCGAAUACACCAUGUUGGUCCAAGGCGGAAAGGUAGCCAUCGAAGCAGGCGCAAGAUGGGCGCGCGUCGAUCCGAAAAAGCUCUUGAUGCUCUUAGACAAAUUCAUCAAAACCGCAGGCCCAAGGAGGACUGGUGGUACCCAGGCGCAAGCCGAAACCGCCGAGCUCACAAAAAGGCAGAGGGAAAAAGAAAUGCUUGCUAGAGCCAUCGCGUUGACGAACACAAGCAUCGCGCGGCCCUAG